AUGAAGAAAUUUGCUAAUUGGAUAAUUGAUGUUGGAAAUGAAAAUAUUAGUUCUGCUGUUGGUGAUGAGUCAGAAGUUGAAAUUCUAGAUGAUCUGCUGAUUAUAACUAAUAAUGAGCCUCUCUCUCAUUUGAGUAGGACAAUUCUUGCACCUACGCUUAAAAGUGUCGAGAAGGUAAACGAUUUUAUCUUGACAAUCUUCUUAGGAAUAGAAAAAGAGUAUCUAAAUUCUAACAUAACAUUUAAAGCUGAUGAAAAUGAAGAUGUACAACAAAAGUGGUUCACACCAGAGUUCUUAAAUGAUAUCAAAUGUUCCGAACUACCUAACCACAAGUUGACUUUGAAGUUAGAAGUCGCUGUAAUGCUACUGCGAAACAUAGACCAGAUUUUAGGUUUAUGCAACGGGGCAAGGUUAAUAGUAACAAACUUGGCAACAACGUAA